ACAAUGGAAGUUAGCGUAGGCGAUGUAGUAAUGCCUGGUGAUACUGUAAAAGAUAUUACAACAAUUAACAAAAAAGAAACAAUUAUUUUAGGACCUGGCCUUCGACGCGAAGCUGAUACAGUAUUUGCAUUUAAAGCAGGUAUACUAAAGAAAACAAAACCAGCUAUAUACUAUAUCGAUAGUUAUCAGAAACGUUAUGUACCAAACCGUGGAGAACAUGUAAUUGGUAUAGUAACACAAAAAGGUAGUGAUAUUUUCAAGGUAGAUAUAGGUGCCAGUGAACAAGCAUCUCUUUCAUACUUAGCAUUUGAAGGAGCUACUAAAAAAAAUCGCCCAGAUAUUCAAGUUGGAGAUAUUGUGUUUGCUAAACUUUUGGUUGCUAGUAAAGAUAUGGAACCAGAGCUAGUAUGUGUAGAUUCGCAUGGCAAAGAAAAAAAAUUAGGUGUUUUAAGUUCUGAUGGCAUGCUCUUUACUUGUUCUAUAAGUCUUGUCAGAAAGAUACUAAAUCAGAGUUCUCCAUUGUUUAAUACACUUGCACAGAGUCAAGCAUUUGAAGUUGCAGCUGGUAUGAAUGGUAGAGUUUGGAUCAAAGCAAAAACUAUUCAAGAAACAAUAGCAGUUGCAAAUGCUAUUCUAGCAGCAGAAUAUGCACCAUACAAAGAUAUAACAAAAUUAUGUUCAAACAUUGAAAAGACCUUACUUUUAUCGCAAUUUAAUAAUACAGACUAAUUGUAAUAAAA